UUCAUGGAUUCUUAUUCACUGAUUCUCGUAAAUAAAAUAAUAUGUGCAUGCACAACUGUUCAGCCUCGACUCCCUCUAUAAAUACAAACUUGGUAAAACCAAGGUUCUCAGUACAUUGCAAACCAUAAACUUCUUUUAACUGCUCUAUUACUUAAGGUUUUGGAAGAAGCAGGUAGCUAGCUAAGUGAAGUUAACAAUGGCUUCAGUGCAACAACCUCAGGUGUUCAAUGACAAACAGAAAGCAGCAAUCGAAAAGGCGAUGCAAGACGCACAAAAUGUCCUAUCCAACAAUGACAAUGCAAAGGCGGAUGGGCAAUAUCAGUUGGUUGCAGUAGGAGGUGUUAUGGAAAAUGACCUGCAUCGGCCAAUAAGGCUUAUGAAAACUCACAGUGCUAAGGGACAAUUCGUAACCAACCCUUCGGGGACAAUCGGAGGAGAAGCUCUUGGUGUGUUUGUGCACCAAGGUGCUACUUCGCAUGGACAUCUUCCUUUGGUUGUAGGCUCCAAGUGUGCCAUUAUUUAUGCUACUUUUGAUAAGAUGGCUCCUGCUCUUGGAUAUCUCUUGGCUUGGGAUAAGCCCGAUGAUUCCAAUCAAGUGAACAAGGUGUAUGUGGAAGCUGGGGAUCCUUACAAGCUAGAGAAAAUGGAGUGGAGUGAAAUAGAAAAAAAACUGGAUGCAUCGACCGACAAAAGUAGGUACUACGACAACAAUGCAACAUUUGCCGCAGCCGUUGCUGAAAUUAAGGACAAUGGAAAUAAACGGGCUUUGGUUGCUGCUACCUUCUAUCAGGCUGGAAUCAUCGACCCCAAGCCUUGAACUAUAUCCAUGUCGAUCUGUCACUCAACUAUAACCAAAAGGGGCACUUAAUUAUAUCAUUAACCCGGCCCGUCUUUUUUCUAUUUUGCAACUACUUUCUUAUCAUGUUUACUAAGCUAUAUGUAUGCUUACGAAUAAAUAUAUAAUUCCCCUUGGUUAUAAUGGUAAUAUUGUCUGUA